UUCCCAGGGUCUUCUCGUUAAAUAACCAGACAUAUUUGUAGAAAAAAAAAUGAGAGAGAGAGGAAGACUAAAUUUCACCGCGAUGCGGACGGUGAAGUGGUUGAAAUUAUUUCGGCAUCUGAGCUUGACAUGCAAAUGUACCCAAAGCCACUACAAAAGACCAACCAACCAACGAGUCAGCCUAACAGAGGAGUGUCUUUGCUCACCCUAAACAUCUGGUUCGGAGAAUACCAAACAAGAGAGCGAAUGGUUGCAAUUGGACGUGCAGUAGAUUCGAUAAAACCGGGAAUUAUAGCGUUCCAAGAGGUAACUUUCAGGAAUCUCGCAUUAUUAAAGACCCAGGAUUGGUUCAAAAGAUACACCUUGCUACUAGAUGAAAACUCAACCAAACUAGAUCCGUACUUUGUAGUUUUAUUGACCAAAUUCAAGGUUUUGAAUUGGAGAAACAUUCCUUUUGCAACCUCACGCAUGGGACGAAGCCUGUUAUUGGCACAACUUCAAAUUAACACAAUUGAUGAAAAUGUUCAAGUAUCUAUUCCUUUUACAAUAGCUACUUCUCAUUUGGAGAGCAUGGACUAUUCAUCAAAGGAAAGAGAAAAACAACUUGCUUUUUCCUUAAAGAUGCUCGCUGGAUUUGCUGAUGUUUGUCUAAUGGGGGAUUUGAAUUUAGAACCUAAAGUAGAUGGAGAUAUCCUACUGCCUCUACCAUGGUUUGAUGCCUGGCUUGCAAUUCUUAACCACACUGAGAGUAAUGGUUACACUUGGAAUGUUGGUGCGAACCCUUACGCUAAAAUCAGUGAGCCAGAUGUUGCAGAGAAUCGGUUUGAUCGUAUCAUUUGCAAGCUCUCAAACUUUGCUGUGAAAAGUGUAGAUAUUUUGGAAAGUGACAAUUCUGGUGCCUAUUUUAGUGAUCAUUUUGCUUUACAUGCAGAACUAGGAGUAGGGAUACUUUCAGAUAGCAGACAAUACAACAGAAAUGCUAGCAACAAGCUUGAGUUUAGACGCAAGAUCACAUAAGGAUAGUCUAACUUUUAUUAGAUAAAAUAAAUUUGUUUAGCUAAUCAUCCUUUGGUUAGGUACAGCAAGAGCGCAUAUACAGUAUAUUUUAAUGAUACAAUAAGUGAAAAUAAUAAACUUUUAGGGUAAUUGUAAGGAUACUUCAAUAAGAAAUGACCCACUUUUGGGUGACCUGGGGGGGGGGGGGGGGGGGCGAGUAAAGGCCUAAGUAUUAUUAUAAGUGUAUUGUUGUUUUUGAGAAGGUAGAAAAGCCAGAAAAUCUAAGGAAAACCCUCUGCUCGUGUGACAAGACAAGUUUGACUCCUGCGUUUGGUAGUUAAGAAGAAUGUUUAUUUUGUGUGUAUUUGGAUAGAAAAAUGUUUCUAGAUGGAUCUAGUGACCUAGAACCCCAGAGUAGUAAUUCUUUAUAAUUACCCUCCUCCUCCUGCAAUUUGAUAAAUAAAUAUUAAUUAAAUUAAGAAAUGAUAAAAAACUAAAAUGUUUACUCAAUUUGUACUUGCAUGCCAAGUACCAAGGUACUGCAGACCAACAGUAUUUAAAACGAACAUGCAGCAGAAUAAUCUUUAUUUUUUAAUGCAAUUCUAAAUUAUCUAACAACAGUAGAAGCAAAUAAACUGUACAAAAUUACAUCCCAGGUAGGGCCUUAAAAGGCAUGGAAAAACUGUGGGGGCACGAAUACAUGGAAUACAGAAAACCGAGGGAGGGGCCAUAGUUACACCUCUACUGGUUAUUUCCUUACAAUUUUAGGAAUCACAGCACUGACAGAUGACAAGGCUACAAACCAUAUGAGGUGCAUUAUGUAUUAUUCUAGACUCCUAUUGGUCCAGUCCAAAGCAGUUUUUACUAAUAUCUUCUAUCAGAAAUAAUAAUCUCUAUAAAAAGGUAAUAAAAUUCCAUGGAAAUAA